AUGUCCGGGGAAGGACCUUUAACAAGAUUAAAUCUACCUGCACAAUAUCAGACUUCAUGUGCCACAAUGGCCAAUGUGUGCCUGAUAGGUGGCAGUGUGAUGGGAAUACUGACUGUGCAUGGAUCUGAUGAAAGUCCAGAAAUCUGCCAUAUGAAGAAGUGUCCCAUAAAUGAGAUCAGCUGUGGUCCUGGAUCAUUGCAGUGUAUCCCAGUUGCUUGGAAAUGUAAUGGGGAGAUAGACUGUGAAACAGGUAGUGACGAGAGAGACUGUGGUCGCUUUACUUGCAGUCCAGUAGAGUUCACGUGCUCCAGUGGUCGAUGUGUUUCCAAGACCUUCGUCUGCAAUGGGGAGGACGACUGUGGUGAUGAAAGUGAUGAACAAGGCUGUGCUGAUUCUCAGUGUGGCCCGCAUGAAUUUCAGUGCAGCACUUCUGAGUGUAUCCCUGUGAACUGGGUGUGUGACAACAAUGUUGACUGUACUGAUCAGUCUGACGAAUCUCCAGGGCACUGUGGAUACACACUCCCCCCUCCUGUGUUAUGUUCUUCAAAUCAAAUGCAGUGUGAUUCUGGUGAAUGUAUCCACCGCCAAUGGUACUGUGAUGGUGACACCGAUUGCAAGGAUGGAACUGACGAAAUUGACUGCCCUCCUCGAACAUGUAGACCUGAUCAAUUCAGGUGUAAUGAUGGCAGCUGUAUUGUUGGAAGUGACCAAUGCAAUGGAAUUGGGGAUUGUACGGAUGGGAGUGAUGAAGUCGACUGUGUGAAAGCUCAAGUGUGCAGACCUGAUCAAUUCAGGUGUGGUGAUGGUAUUUGCAUUGUUGGAAACAUGCAAUGCAAUGGAAUUGGGGAUUGUACAGAUGGGAGUGACGAAGUCAACUGUGGACAGAUUGUUGCAAAGUGCACAGGACCUGCUAACUUCAAGUGUCUGAGUGGAGAAUGUAUAAAUAUGACACAAGUAUGCAACCAACACCAGGACUGCAAGGAUUGGAGUGAUGAGCUACUCAAGAAAUGUUACGUCAACGAGUGCUUGGACAACAAUGGUGGCUGCUCUGACAUCUGCAGGGACCUGGUCAUUGGUUAUGAAUGUGAAUGCCCUUCUGGCUUUGAAUUGGUUGAAACCAAAAUGUGUGAAGAUAUUGAUGAAUGCCAAACCCCUGAAAUUUGCAGUCAAAUCUGCACCAACCGAAAAGGAAGCUAUAUAUGUGAAUGUCAUGCAGGAUAUCACAUGGAUCAAGUUGAUGGGGUUUGUAAGACAGUAGGAAAAGAGCCCUUUUUGAUCUUCACGAAUCGCCAUGAUAUCAGGAAACUGGGACUCCACCACAAAGAGUACACCCAGGUAGCUGUGCAGCUGAGAAAUGUAGUGGCAUUAGAUGCUGACAUUGCUGACCAGAGGAUCUUCUGGGCUGACUUGGGAGAGCAGGCAAUUUUCAGUGUGUCCAUGGAUAAACGGGAAGGUGAAGUCAGCAUUUCCAGACUUGUCGACGUUGAAAUGCCUGUCGGAAUUGCCGUGGACUGGGUCUACAAACACAUCUACUGGACUGAUCGUGGCACCAAAACCAUAUCUCUGGCUACUUUCGAUGGAACCAAAAAGAUGAUGCUCAUUGGCACCGAUCUAAGAGAACCAGCUUCAGUAGCAGUUGAUCCAAUAACCGGGUUUAUUUAUUGGUCAGACUGGGGUGAGCCAGCAGCAAUUGAAAAAGCAGGCUUGAAUGGUGGUGAUCGCCAGCUCUUAGUUAACAAAAAAAUUCAAUGGCCAAAUGGCAUCGCACUAGAUUAUGUGAAAAGCCGCCUGUAUUGGGUUGACUCAAAACUGCACACCUUGUCUAGUGUGGGCCUAGAUGGUCAAGAUAGAAGAACAGUGCUCCAUUCUCCACAAUUCCUUGCUCAUCCUUCUGCUGUCUCGUUGUUUGAGGAUCGUGCCUUCUGGAUUGAUGAGGAGAGUAAAGCUAUCUAUGCAAGCAACAAGUUUACAGGAGACGAUGUGUUGAUUUUAGCCUCCAACCUGAACGAACCUCAGGACAUCAUUGUUUUUCAUGAGCAGGUUCAACUAUCUGGCAAAAACGGGUGCACCAAUUUUAAGAAUGGAAGCUGUGAAUACUUCUGUCUCCCCGCUCCUUUGUCUAAUGGUCUUUCAGCAAAAUAUGUCUGUGUGUGUCCGUCUGGAAUGGAGUUGUACAAUGGACUACAAUGUAGAACUGCAUCUAUACACUAUACUGCUGCAUCGAUAAACACUACUGGACAAACUACAGCAAUUUCAAUUUCUGAAGGGACUUCAACUGAACUCGCUUCCAAUUUCCAAAGAACACUUCCGACCGUUUUGCCCAAUUCCAGAGGUAAUAUAAUAAUCACUGAUCAGCAGCAGUAA